UGAUAUUGCCAUCACAACAUCAAAAAGUCGAGUCAUUUUCACCCCAAAAUGGCAGUAAUCGCAGCGCUGGUGUUGCAAUAGAGCGUUCGAUUGAGUUUCGCCUCUUGGUACUCUUUGCUUCAACUGACCACCACUCGAGGGCGCUAUUUGAAAAGAAAAUGGCGGCGGGAACAACAGAAAGCAUGGCGUCGAAAACCUGUGUUGCCUUUUUAUUAGCUGAUUGUUACGACGAUGAAGAUUUAAUUGCUGAGACAAAUACGGCUAUCAAACGCCAGGAAGCCAGAAAAAAGGAGGAAAUAAAACAAACUCAACAUCUGAAAAGAGCUGGAGGGGAAAGAGGGAGUUUCAAUACUGUUUUAGAAAUCCUGACCAUCGGCGACUUUAAGAGUUAUUUUCGGUUGACACCAACUCAAACAGAGGAGUUGGUACGAAUGAUGAAAUCAUAUAAAUGGACUGCCAUCAAACAGGAGGGAUGGACAGUGUGCCACGCAGUUCUUUCUAGUCUGUGGACUUUGUCUACCCAGGAGUCUUACAGUGGUGUAGCAAGUCGCUUCCAUGUCACCGAGUCAGUUAUUUGUAACCAGCUGUAUGAAUUUUGCUAUCUUAUUGCCAGCAACUUGGAGAACAAAAUCCACUGGCCUCAGGGGAAAGAAGCAGAAGUGUCCAUGAAGGGUUUCUAUUCUAAUGUGGGCAUAUUGGGCACUCUCUGUGUAGUAGGAACCAGCAAUAUUCCUAUUGACAGACCAACCGAUGUUCCAGACGCAGAGAUAUAUAAAUCGGGGCAGUCCUUCUCUUUAAAAUUGAUGGCUUUUUGCAACCACAGGGGUCGUUUUACCUAUGCGACUGCAGAACACCCUGGAAGCUGGCAUAACUCAAGGGUUCUGUCAGCAACUGAGGUUGGCAAGUUAAUGCAGGAAGACCCAGUGGCUCUUUUGGAAGGUAAACACAUCAUAGGGGAUUGCACUUACCCGCUUUCAGAGCACCUUCUUACCCCAUUUCCCGAUUAUUCGACACUUGGACAGAAAAGGGAAUGUUAUAAUCGACGAGUGCAAUCGGCAAUUAAAGUGGUACAGGACUCGAUCUAUACUCUGAAGUCCAGCUUUCAGAGGCUUAGAUGUCUGCAGAAACAUUCCUAUUACCAAACCAACAUAGCUGUGGAGGCUUGCUGUAUUCUGUAUAACAUGUUUCUAGAAACAUGUAGCAUGCCAGCAAACUACAGGGAGGAGGCUGUUUCGUCAAAACCUUUCCAUGAACUAACCUAUGGGCACUCUGGAAGUCUAGGUGGAAUAUCUAAGAGACAGGACAUUGCAGCAUCACUCAAACGUAUCAAUAAAAAAAGGAAAUCCACGUACUAGUGGAUAUGUUUUUGAUCUGUGCUUUGACCACACGCAAAGAAUUUUGCUACAACAAUUAAAAUUUUGAGAUAUAAUGGGACUGUUUCUAAUUCCUAAAUCAAGAAUCACUCCCUAAUAAAAGCAUUUCCUCUGUAAAUAUUUUGUUUUUUUAUUUGUGGGUCUUUUAAAGUAUUACUGUGCUUAUAAAUGAGAGAAUUAUGAUUAUGAUUUUUUAUGAUUAUGUAUUUACAUAAAUUGUAAAUACAAACAUUAAAAUGCAAUUCCCUUUAUAUGGAAAAUUUCAUCUUUAAAAUAUGUUAUAUAGACCACUUUAGAAAAAACUUUGAAAACGUUGGUCCAGAAGAACUUACUGUUUCCGUUUUCUCUCCGCACCAACGUUUGAAGAGGAUAUAUGUUGAACGAAUAUCUUUAUAUGUAUAAUGUAAAAAAAAAUACACUGUAAUAGCUCCUGGACCAGUGUUGACAUUUUGCGAAGUAGUC